CCAUCGUCCUAUCCUAUAAAACAACACCAAGAAGAACAGUGAAUCUCUCUCAACACCACCACUCUGAAAAUCAUAGAGAGAGAAAACGUUGAUCACUUUCCCUCUCUAAAGUCUCAACCUCUAAGCCUUUAAUAUAUAAAUCUAUUUAUAAAGAGGAAGAGAGGGAGUUUGUUUUGAUUUUGAUUUUGAUUUGAUUCUGAUUUUGUUUUGUUUUAUUUUAAGGGAGUUUUGAAAUCAUCAUGGGUGAUGGGAAGAGAUUUGCUGUUCUUCUAUGUGCGGAGGAUUCCGAUUACGUCAAGAAGAGGUACAGUGGUUAUUACGGCGUUUUCGUCGAAAUGCUGGCGGAGGAAGGCGAGACGUGGGACGUUUACAAGGUGGCCAAUGGCGAGUUCCCCGAUGAUAAUGAGAUCGAUAAUUUCGAUGGUUUUGUUAUAACUGAGAGUUGCAAUGAUGCGCACGGGGAUGAUGUUUGGAUCUACAAAUUGAUUGCUCUUUUGAACAAAUUGGAUUCGUUGAAUAAAAAAGUUCUUGGGAUUUGCUUUGGCCAUCAGAUUCUUAGUCGAGCACUAGGAGGAAAAACAGGGCGAGCCAUCUCCGGGUGGGACAUUGGGGUCACAGCCAUUCAUCUGUCUUCAUCUUCAUCGAAGCUCUUCUCCUCUUUGAAAAUCCCGACCACUCUUUCAGUGAUCGAAUGCCACCGUGAUGAGGUUAGAGAAUUGCCACCGAAGGCGGAGGUGAUAGCAUGGUCGGAGAAGACCGGUGUGGAGAUGUUUAGGUACGGUGAUCAUAUACUGGGCAUCCAAGGCCACCCUGAGUACACCAAAGACAUUAUGCUUCACCUGAUCGACCGUCUCUUGCAGCGCAGUUUUAUCCAAGAGUCGUAUGCUGAUAUAUUGAAGGAAAAGCUGGUGAAAGUGGAGCCUGAUAAGGAAGCAUGGAAGAAACUAUGCACCAGUUUCCUCAAGGGUAGAUUAUGAUUUAAGUUUUGGGGGGGAAUUUUCAAAUUCGAA